AUGGCCGCCCACCCUGGUCCCCGCAGCCAGGAAGGCAUGUACGGCCCCCCUUCCUCAUCUCCCCCUUCCUCCGACCCCCACGACCCUUUCUAUCAAAUGCCUCAAAUGCCCGAGCCCGCCCGCUACUACGACAACGACUCGGACCACCUCGACCGCUACGACCGCCGCCGCGACACAUACGCAUCGGACACAAGCGCACCCGACGAUGAUCGCUACUACGAGCACGGAGGCUACGACCACAGCGGGGGCUACGAAUAUGGUCAACAGGAUACCGACUCGGACGGCGACGCCUAUGGCCCAAAGUACAACAUCCCCUCGAGCGAGUCCCUCGGCCCUCCUCGGUUGGGAAUCUCAGAGUCCUCAACACCAACUUUCAUCGACGCCGGCGCCCGCGAGCCCUACCCCGCCUGGAGUGCAGAGCGUCAGAUCCCGCUGUCGAAGGAGGAGAUUGAGGACAUCUUCCUCGACCUCACCCAGAAGUUUGGCUUCCAGAGGGACUCGAUGCGCAACAUGUUCGACUUCGUUAUGCAACUGCUGGACAGCCGAGCAUCGCGUAUGUCACCAAAUCAAGCCCUUCUCACCCUCCACGCCGACUACAUCGGUGGGCAACAUGCGAACUAUCGCAAGUGGUACUUCGCAGCGCAGCUCGAUCUCGACGAUGCCAUCGGGUCGACCCAGAAUCCCGGUCUUCAAAGGCUUCGGUCUCAGAAGCGGAAGUCAAAGGGACAUAAGACGGCGGAGAGGCAGCUCAACAGCGCUUUGGACCGGUGGCGGCAAGCGAUGAACAACAUGAGCCAGUACGACCGGAUGCGCCAGAUUGCGCUCUACCUCUUGCUCUGGGGAGAGGCAGCCCAAGUUCGGUUCGUCCCGGAGUGCCUCUGCUUCAUCUUCAAGUGCGCGGACGACUACUACCGGUCGCCGGAGUGCCAGAACCGCAUGGAGGCUGUGCCAGAGGGCUUGUACCUGCACGCGGUGGUGAAACCCCUCUACCGCUUCAUCAGGGACCAGGGCUACGAGGUCAUGGACGGGAAGUUCGUGCGGAAGGAACGGGACCACGACCAGAUCAUCGGGUACGAUGACGUCAACCAGUUGUUCUGGUAUCCCGAGGGUAUUGCGCGCAUCGUCCUGACCGACAAGACGCGUUUGGUGGAUCUCCCUCCCUCACAACGGUUCAUGAAGUUCGACCGCAUCGACUGGAAUCGCGUCUUCUUCAAGACGUACUACGAGAAGCGUUCUUUCGGUCACCUACUCGUCAACUUCAACCGGAUAUGGAUCAUCCACAUUUCGCUGUACUGGUACUACACGGCCUACAACUCUCCCGCGAUCUACAAUGGCGCCAAGUCGACCGCGAUGCGCUGGUCGGCGACGGCGCUCGGUGGUGCGGUGGCGACCGUUAUCAUGCUCGCUGCUACCCUCGCCGAGUUUUCGUACAUCCCUACCACCUGGAAUAAUACCUCGCAUCUCACGCGCCGGCUCCUCUUCCUCGCCGUCACAUUGGCACUAACGGCUGGUCCCACCGUCUACAUCGCGAUCGCAGAGAGCCAGUCGCCCGGCGGCUCACUCGCUCUCAUCCUUGGCAUCGUUCAGUUCUUUAUCUCCAUCACGGCCACUCUGCUCUUCGCUAUCCUCCCAUCUGGCCGGAUGUUUGGGGAUCGUGUCGCGGGCAAGUCGCGCAAGUACCUCGCCAACCAGACGUUCACUGCCAGUUACCCUAUCCUCGUGUCGUCCGCUCGCGCGGCAUCCAUCGCGCUUUGGGUCCUCAUUUUCGGUUGCAAGAUCGUCGAGUCUUACUUCUUCCUGACCUUGUCGUUCAAGAACCCGAUCCAGGUCAUGGUUCACAUGGUCAUUCAGGGCUGCAACGACAAGUUCUUCGGCAACGCGCUCUGCAAGAAUCAGGCCGCCUUCACGCUAACGAUCAUGUACCUCAUGGACCUUGUCCUCUUCUUCCUCGACACUUUCCUCUGGUGGAUUAUCUGGAACACGGUCUUCAGUAUCGGCCGUUCGUUCGCCCUCGGUCUAUCCAUCUGGACGCCGUGGAAGGACAUCUACACCCGCCUUCCCAAGCGCAUAUACUCGAAGAUCCUCGCGACGCAGGACAUGGAGACGAAGUACAAGCCGAAGGUCCUUGUGUCCCAGAUUUGGAACGCGAUCAUCAUCUCCAUGUAUCGCGAGCACCUGCUCUCGAUCGAGCAUGUCCAGAAGUUACUCUACCACCAGGUCGACGUCGGUCAGGACGGACGUCGCAGCCUCCGGGCGCCGGCCUUCUUCAUCUCGCAGAGCGACAAGACCCUCAAGGGCGAAUUCUUCAACCCGGGCAGCGAGGCGGAGCGGCGUAUCUCGUUCUUCGCACAGUCUUUGACCACCGCCGUCCCGGAGCCUCUUCCCGUCGAUGCCAUGCCCACCUUCACUGUACUCACACCGCACUAUAGCGAGAAGAUCCUGUUGUCGCUACGAGAGAUCAUCCGCGAAGAGGAUCAGAACACGCGCGUCACUCUUCUCGAGUACCUCAAGCAGUUGCAUCCGAUCGAGUGGGACAACUUCGUUAAGGACACCAAGAUCCUCGCCGAGGAGUCGCAGAUGUACAAUGGCGCGAGUCCAUUCGGCGACGAGAAGGCGCAGUCCAAGGUCGACGAUCUCCCCUUCUACUGCAUCGGGUUCAAGUCCGCGGCGCCCGAGUUCACACUCCGAACACGUAUCUGGGCCUCUCUCCGUGCACAGACGUUAUACCGUACGGUUUCCGGUAUGAUGAACUACGCGAAGGCGAUCAAGCUACUCUACCGUGUAGAGAACCCAGAGGUCGUCCAGCUCUUCGGUGGCAACACCGACAAACUCGAGCGCGAGCUCGAGCGCAUGGCUCGUCGCAAGUUCAAGUUCGUCGUCUCGAUGCAGCGCUACUCGAAGUUCAACCGCGAGGAGCAAGAGAACGCCGAGUUCCUCCUCCGUGCCUACCCCGACCUCCAGAUCGCGUACCUCGAGGAAGAGCCCCCGCGCAAGGAGGGCGGCGACCCGCGCCUGUUCUCCGCCCUCAUCGAUGGCCACUCCGAGUUUAUUCCCGAGUCCGGUCGUCGCCGCCCCAAGUUCCGCAUCGAGCUCCCCGGCAACCCGAUUCUCGGCGACGGCAAGUCGGACAACCAGAACCACGCGAUCAUCUUCUACCGCGGCGAGUACCUCCAGCUCAUCGACGCCAACCAGGACAACUACCUCGAGGAGUGUCUCAAGAUCCGUAACGUGCUCGCGGAGUUUGAGGAGUACUCGGUCUCGAGCCAGUCGCCGUACGCGCAGUGGGGCCACAAGGACUUCAAGAAGUCGCCCAUCGCCAUCGUCGGCGCGCGCGAGUACAUCUUCUCGGAGAACAUCGGUAUCCUCGGUGAUCUGGCGGCUGGCAAGGAGCAGACGUUCGGUACGCUCACGGCGCGUCUCCUCUCGUGGGUCGGCGGCAAGCUCCACUACGGUCACCCCGAUUUCCUCAACGCGCUUUUCAUGACCACGCGCGGUGGUAUCUCCAAGGCGCAGAAGGGUCUCCACCUCAACGAGGAUAUCUACGCCGGCAUGAACGCCUUCGGUCGUGGCGGUCGCAUCAAGCACGUCGAGUACUACCAGUGCGGCAAGGGUCGUGAUCUCGGUUUCGGCACCAUCCUCAACUUCCAGACCAAGAUCGGCACGGGUAUGGGCGAGCAGAUGCUCAGUCGCGAGUACUACUACCUCGGCACGCAGCUCCCCGUCGACCGCUUCCUCACGUUCUACUACGGCCACCCUGGGUUCCACAUCAACAACAUGCUCGUCAUCCUGUCGGUGCAGAUUUUCAUUAUCACGAUGGUGUUCCUGGGCACGCUCAACGGCGAGGUCCCGAUCUGCAAGUACACGUCGUCGGGCCAGCUCAUCGGCCCCGUCGGCUGCUACAACCUCACGCCCGCGUUCCAAUGGAUCGAUCACUGCAUCAUCAGUAUCUUCUUGGUCUUCAUGAUCGCGUUCUUGCCCCUGUUCCUCCAAGAGCUGAUCGAGCGCGGUACCGGAAAAGCGCUCCUUCGUCUCGCGAAGCAUUUCGCGUCCCUGUCGCCCGCGUUCGAGGUCUUCUCCACCCAGAUCUCGUCGCACUCCAUCAUCACGAACUUGACCUUCGGUGGCGCCCGUUACAUCGCGACUGGUCGUGGUUUCGCGACGACGCGCAUAUCGUUCGCCAUCCUGUACUCCCGCUUCGCCGGCCCGUCCAUCUACCUCGGCAUGCGGACGCUCGUCAUGCUCCUCUACGUCACUCUCACCAUCUGGACCGGCUGGGUCAUCUACUUUUGGGUGUCGAUCCUCGCGCUUUGCGUGUCGCCGUUCCUCUUCAACCCUCACCAGUUCUCGGCCGCCGACUUCGUCAUCGACUACCGGGAGUUCCUCAGGUGGAUGAAUCGUGGCAACUCGCGCGCGCACGCCAACUCCUGGAUCGGCUACUGUCGCCUCUCGCGCACGAUGAUCACUGGGUACAAGAAGAAGCGCCUCGGGCACCCCUCCGAGCGGCUCUCGGGCGACGUCCCGCGCGCGAAGUGGCGGGCGGUCAUCUUCAGCGAGGUCAUCUUCCCCGUCGUUAUGGCCACGUUGUUUGUGAUCGCGUACAUGUUCGUCAAGUCGUUCCCCGACAAAGACGGCAAGCAGCCGCCGAGCCCGCUCAUCCGCAUCGCGGUCGUCGCGGUCGGGCCGAUCGUGUGGAACGCGGCGGUCCUCCUCGUCCUCUUCAUAUUCUCGCUCUUCCUGGGGCCGAUGCUCGACACGCCGUUCCCCAAGUUCGGCUCGGUGAUGGCGUUUAUUGGGCAUACAUUGGGCGUUCUCGGCAUGAUCGCUUUCUUCGAGUUCUUCUGGUUCCUUGAGCUCUGGAACGUCGCGCACGCGGUAUUGGGCUUGAUCGUCAUUAUCUUCGUCCAGCGCGCGAUCCACAAGAUCCUCAUCUCGGUGUUCCUCUCGCGUGAGUUCAAGCACGACGAGACGAACCGGGCGUGGUGGACGGGCAAGUGGUACGGACGCGGGCUCGGUGCGCACGCGAUGUCGCAGCCGGCGCGUGAGUUCAUCGUCAAGAUCAUCGAGCUGUCGCUGUGGUCGUCGGACUUCCUGACCGGACACAUGCUCCUCUUCCUGCUCACGCCGCCAAUCCUGGUGCCGUACAUCGAUCGGCUACACGCUAUGAUGCUCUUCUGGCUCCGGCCGUCGAAGCAGAUCCGCGCGCCGCUGUACUCGAUCAAGCAGAAGCGGCAGCGUCGCUGGAUCGUGAUCAAGUACGGGAUCCUGUACAUCCUCGCGUUCGCCACCUUUGGGGCGCUGCUUGCACUCCCGCUGGUGUUCCGCGAGCGCUUGAAGUUCAACUGCAUCAUUUGCCAGGAGAUCUAA